AUGUCAUUUCAUCACCUUCAUCAUCAUCAUCUUGCCGAAAAUUCCUGGCAGGAUCGGUCAAAUAAUUUUGGUAAUGUUUCAACAAUUCCAAAUCGAACACAUACUCAAACAUCAUCAUCAUCAAUUCCUGUACCAUCAAGUUCGGGUACAGUUGAUUUUCAGCCACCAUAUUUUCCACCACCAUUUCCAAAUGUAUCACAUCAUUCACAUCAACAUCCAUUUGAUCAAAUACAAUCAAAUCAUCCACAUAAUCUUGAUUAUACAUCAUCAUCAUCACCACCUUAUACCGGUAAUCAAGUAUCUCAAUCAUAUAAUUCACUUGUACGUUCAUCAAAUGUAAAUAUCGAUGAAACAUCAGCACCAUUAAGUCAUCCUUAUGGUGCUUAUGCUGAAUAUGCUGCAUCAUAUUAUACACGUCAUGCAAUGGUACUUGAUCCUGAAUCUUUACAACUUUAUCGUAGUGGUUUAUUAGGUCCUGAUUCAACGAGUACAGCUGCUUUUCGAGUACCAGGUCUUGAUGAUAAUGUUCCUCAAGCAUUUUCUGAACAUUAUCGAACAUCAUUUCAACGAGAUCCACGUCGUAAUGAUACAAAAGAGGGUAUUCAAUUAAAUUUAGGUACUGGUAAUGGACCAUUAGCUCCAACAGAUGUAUUUUGUAGUGUACCAGGACGAUUAUCAUUACUUAGUUCAAAUUCUAAAUAUAAAGUAUGUGUAGCUGAAGUUCAAAGACGUCUUUCGCCACCAGAAUGUCUUAAUGCAUCAUUACUUGGAGGAAUAUUACGAAGAGCAAAAUCAAAAAAUGGUGGAAGAUUAUUACGUGAAAAACUUGAAAAAAUUGGUGUUAAUCUACCAGCUGGAAGACGUAAAGCAGCAACAGUUACUUUAUUAACAUCACUUGUUGAAGGUAAAUUCAUUAUUCUUGUUUAUUAUUUUUUUCUUAACUAUUUGUUUUUUUUU